AUGAGAUACAAGACUCGAAUUUCAAACCAUGCACAAACACCCCAGUUUUUAAUAUUCACCUCAAAUGACUUGUCUUUCAAAGAAGCCCUGGAUUUGUCAGAUACUGUUGACCUGGAUGCCACCUUCCUCAAGUCUGAAACUUUCCACGCGGAGAACUUGCUAUAUCAGUUGCAGGAGAAUUUUCAAGCUCUGACUGAGAAGAUAACGCUGAGAAUGGAAGAAAUGGGUGAGCGCAUUGAUGACCUCGAGAAGCAUGUUGCUGACCUAAUGGCAGAAGCUGGGAUAGAAAACACCAAUGAAGAGUUGGGACACUGAAAGGAGGCUAUGAGCAGGAAAGAUGAAGGGAAAACUGCACUGCACUGAAUCUGGGAGUGUAUCAACAUCUACAGUGUCAUUAGUCUCAAAAAGCAUCAGUGACAAAAACACUUGUCAGGAUAGAACCUGUUCUUUUUAAUUAUUUCUCCAGUAAACCACUGGGUUUCUUCUUCUCAGUAGGACACUUUCAUGUAAUUGGGAAAGAACCACUACUUUCAGGGGAAACAAAAAUAGUAAUAUUUUGCAUAGAAAACUGUAUCCUAUGUAAUUAAUUAUGCUUUCUUACAUUUAGAGUUUGACAGGGUAUUUCCAUUAUUCUAAUACUGUAACCUUUAAAUUUUUAUGUUUAUUUGUUGCCUUUUUAACUUAAAUGUUCUUAGAAUAACAAGAUGCUUUCGUAACAAUUUCAUUUGUGUGCCUCUUUGGUGCUCCUUUAGAAUUGUACAUUGUAAAAUGCAGACAUAAAUGUUGAAAAUAA